ACGGACAACGAAAUAGAGUUGUUCAAGAUGUUUAAAAAACCGGAACCACUUGCCAUGAAGAUCACCUCUUCGAUCAAUCUCCUGACUGAUGACGAUCAUAACACAGAGUUGCAUUACGCCGCUGCCAACGGAAGAGAUGGAGCUAUCACGAAGGAGUUGCUAAAAAAACACACCAUCGAUGCCGAGAAUUAUCUGGGAUGGACUCCGCUGAUGAUGGCUUGCAGGAAUGGGCAUCUGAGUACGGUCCAGUUGUUGUUGAAGCUUUCAGCCGAUGCUAGCAAGAAGAACAAGUAUGGGUACUCCGUAUUUCAUAUAAGCAUAUCGAGUGGUAAAAUGGAGAUCGUGUCCCUGAUUUUGAAACAUCUGCUAGAGGGUGGAAUUUCGAGAAGAUCCAUGCAGAAUAUUCUCUCGCCUGUAUCUCUGGCUAUAGUAUUCCAACAACACGAUGUGUUGGAGUUUUUAUCUGUGCAGUUUGAUAUCGACAAAGCUACACCUUUGACAG